UUAAUAUAUAUAAAGUUUAGAAACAAAUAAUUAAUAUAUUCAACAAUUUUUUAGAUCAACAAUGAUCUCUUCGCACGCGGAAAAAGAUCAUGAAUUUGCAUAGUGAGAUAAUGAAAAAAAAGAAGAAGAGAUUUUUAGCGAUCAUCCCCCUUAGCUUAGUGUCCACGUGCAAUCCCAGAUGACGCCAAGGCUGCUCGCAACCCCGUGCGCGGCUUGAAAUGCGGCGCGUGUCGAGGGCGCAUGCCGGGACACGCGCGUGCCACGGUCACGCGUAUUACGCUCUCUCUAGGACAGUCGGCGACCAGUCAAGUCAGCAACGGGUCGGCGGGGUGAGAAGAAGGGUAGGUAGGUGAGUAGGGAGCGAUGGUGGAGGGAGGCUGGUGGUUUCGGCUGGCGAAGUAGCGAGGGUUACCGUGCGGCGCAGCCACACCGGCCACUGCGACGGCCGCGGUGGAGCGAACGUGCGCACCUUCACGUUCCUCCAUUCCGUUUCAUCCGCUCCGUUGUCGCGCGCGCACGAGACGCGAUGUGAGGACACGCGCGAGAAGAACGCGACGAGCCCUGUCACUCGGCGAGAGACUCCGGCGCGGCGGCGAGCUACGAUUAAUUGUUAACGGGGGUGAGUCGAUAGCUCCCGCUUCCCCAAUGGGGAAAGAGGGGCGAUAGUAGGGCGGAAGAGGAAAAGAGGGAGAGAGCGUACGAAGAGCUCACGUGACACGUCGGGGGGGGGUUGCGAACUGUCUGACAGUAGUACAUCGAGCGUCUGCUACUACUGCCGUAGUUGCUUGUUGUGACUGUGGCAGCGACGGCGGCGACGGCGACGGCGGUGGUGGCGGCGGCGGUUGAUGGUGGAAGUGGUUGUGGUGGUGACGACGAAGACGAGGAAGACGACGGCGGAGUACUGUUGCUCGGAGUAACAUUCCCUGCGAGAGGGAAGGAAAGUGGUCCUCGAGGUUACGAGGCCAGGGGAGAAAGUGGGUGUUGCCGGAACGGCGGCGACCACGGGAGAUCGCCCAGGUUUUGCGGGACGUCGCCAGAAGUCCGGGGUGCUCUGCGUAGCAAGGAGACAAAGGCAGAAAGGGCAGGACAAAAGUGACCGGAAGGAUGCUCGUCGGUCCUCGAUCCUGCAGCCGAUGUCAGCCUCUCGCUAUCUACCUUCAUCCGUGAUUUGUAGAGGAUCUCUGGCGCUGAAAUCUCUCCUCAGAAUGGGAAGAGCGAGCCGAAAGAUUCGGCAAGAUCCUAAAGAUUUUGCGCUCGCAAUUCAUCGCGUUGAGCAAGAUUGGUCCUCGUGCGAUUAGUGGUAUCAGACGCAGCGCGGGACGGGGGUGGUUCCUUCCAUCGCGAGGAUCGAGAUGAGCGAUCUACAGGCCACCCUCGAGUUUUCUCUCGAGCUCUGCAAAUUCUACAAUGUUGACCUCUUCCAACGCGGGUAUUAUCAGAUUCGAACUGCUCUCAGAGUAUCGCCAAAGCUGCCAGUUAAGGUGGAGGUCAAUCAACCGCGAAACCAUUCCCUGGAGGCGCCGGGUACGAGUAAGCGCUUUCAGAUUCUGUACAGGAACGAGGAGGUGACACUCGGCACUUCCGUACUUUUCCGAGCGCACGUGCUCGUACACAGUCACAAGAUCGAGGAGGCCCUGUCGCGCACCCACUUCAAUCUAGGUGUCGAGCUAUGGUUCAGCGAGCCGACGCAGCCGGGCAACAUGGCUUGCGUGUCCUCGAGGGCACUGCAACUAAAUUUUACACCCACGAAGGGUCUUCACUAUCACCUGCCGGUGCUCUUCGAUUACUUUCAUCUAGCCGCGGUGUCCAUCACGAUCCACGCCUGUCUCGUGGCACUACAUCAGCCCUACAUCAAGAAGAGCAUACUGCACGUAGUGCAGAGCUGCGCACCGCGAGGCGGAAAACCCUGGCUGCAGUUUAAGCAACCCGCGACGAACGGCGACAACAACGCUACAACUUUUGGAAACAUUGAGACCACCACAAGGUGCGUUGGAUCAGGGACGAGGAUACAACACGCGAGACUGGUCCAGCAAGAGGUUACGAGGCUGCUUCUAGCCGCGAGGGAAUCUCUGCUCAACGACUUGUCCGAUUUGGCGCGGCUUCUCCCCUCGUGGCAACAAAGGGCGCUCGAACUCGCGCAGAACACGCACAAAGAGAUCACGAAGUUGAUGGACACCGAGGAGGCCGAUAUAGCCCAACUCUGCGCACAAAAUAUCGUCCUUUGGCAGCAUUUUCUCGAAGCGUUUUCCGGCCGAGAAGCGGUUCAUCAGCAUUUAGCACGGGUUCAUCAUCAAUUGAGAGUAAAGCGAUUUGCGGAGGGUUUCUUUGUACUAGAGAAUCCGAGAACGUCAGCAGCAGGCUGUUACGACGCGAAUUAUCAAUCUUAUCAAGCGGUGAGCGAGGCUGCACGGAGAUCGCGUUAUCUCGCAUCCUUGCCACCAUUACCUGUCCAUUGUCCGGAACUGGACGGCGAUCUUCACUCGUUGCCUUUGAUCUUCGAGGAUCAGUACGCUGACAUGCAACAGAGGCACAGAAAUAGCGUUCCCAGCAUGGACGAUUGCAGCUGCGGAAUAGCAGCGAUCUUGGAAUCGCGCUCCAUAGGCAUCUGGUCGCCUAGGAGCGAAGGCGCGGCGCAGGACAUCGGGUCGAUCCAGGCCCGUCUGAUGCUGACACCUUCUACGCUUCCAGCGAGGCAUAGUAAAUCCCUCGAUCAGCUGGGUCCCGAGUUGGCGGCACCCCUGCAGCCCAGAACGUCGCCGAAGACUUUGCCCAGGUCCGUGUCGACCCAGCUGUUCCCGCGGGGGCAACGUGGCGGCGGUCGCAAUGUCACGCCGCCCGCGACGGUGCCUUCGAGAGGGAGGCCCAGAUCGACAGUGCCGUCCAGUAACACCCUUUUCCCGCCCUCGGGUCAGCAGGCCUGCUCCGCGCCGAAUCCUUCCCUUGGCUCCACGCCGGUGAUUCCUCUGCCUCGCGCAAAAUCCACGCAAAUGCUAGUGCCAAAUCGGCAGCACCAACAACAGUCCGACCAUCACUCCACUUCUAUUACCUCGCUGCUGGCGGCGAUGUUUCCCGAGUUGCCGCCCGGCGGGCAGCUGCCCGGUUAUCGACCGUCGUCCAAGUCUUGCGAUCAGAAUCUCACAGUGCCGACUUGCGUGGGCGCCCUGGACCUCAGUCGAUUGCCCGAUUGUUUGGAAAGCAAAUCGGCGAACGUAGCAGAAGAUUACCAUUCCCUCGAUACCAGAAGAAUGCGACUGGAGCCGCGAAGUCAUCGCCUGGGAACACGCCAACCGUUACCAACGACCACAACCGACCAAAGCAGCUUUCUAUCCGCCAAGGCGAACGUAAACGGCGAUAGUUUCUUACAGGAGCCUCAACCAUUGCACACGGCGACGUUGGACAGAGUCACAUACCGAGGAAAUUCCAGAAAGACUGGACACCAGACGGGCGGCAAGUACAGUCAAACGAAUGGUAUUGAGACACGCAGAUAUCACACACUCGGCAAGACAUCGAUGACGCAUAGAAGCCGCCCAGAGAUACCAGAGUCCAUGAAUGGCAGCGCGCUAACUGGCAGCCAUUCGCAUUUGGCGGAUCCUCUGAACAAACAAUCGAAUUUUUACGCGAAGACUACGGAUUCGUUCUUCUAUCGCACAAAUGGCACCAGCGGGAAAACACGCGAUGAGACGGGCAAGCCGAAGAGGCCGAAGAGCACGGAACGGCUGGUCGACGACGUAGAGCGCAACGAAUACUGCGACUUUCGACGGGAUCGCCCGGCUCGUAGGAGAGCUGAGCGAUCAGUCAAGUCGUCUCGCAACGGCGUAAGUCAAAAUUACAACGAGGAGAAGCAACGACGCGAAAAGGGCGCGGAGGCAACUCAGGAGCCGAUCUACGAGGUGAUAGCCACGAAGCCGGAACCGAAGAGAGAGUCUCGUGUCGAGAGAAGGAGAGAAAAGCACAGUAGGCGACCGCAUUCCGCACCUAUUCUAGACACGGACCAUCCGGUGGAGGAAAGUGGUCGCAAAAGUGAUAGAAAAUGCAGUCACAGAAACAGGAAGCCGGCACCGCCACCACCGGCGUAUCAGGAUCCCGCUGUCGCUCCGUUACCUAAAUACCGUCAUCCUCCUUCGUCGCCUGCAACAAAUGUUCUCGAAGUAGAGAACAAUAAUAAAAUUAUUCUGAAGAUGGAACCUAUAAAAUCGCCCAUGGACGCGCCGACGACAAACGGCACGACACCGUCGGAUACGUCGAUGAACGCCGGGGUGCUGCCGCCAAACACGAAAAGGCUGCGAUGUGCCAGCGUACCGGUGGCCCAGAACAAGGUGGUGGUGCCACGCAGCGCGGUCUCUCUGCCCUGCAUGCCGAUACGCGAUAGCAAGGACAACUUGAGCAACAAUCUGUCAGUCAUUCCCAAUCUCCUGAGUCCGCCGUCCACUAGACCCAGCAGCCCCACGCCGAGCUCGAGCUCGAGCAACCUUACGUCCGAGUGCUCCGGCUGGGUUAGCAGCGGCGAUACCUCCAGCUCGGAACAGCGUCGCAAUCAAGCCAAGCUCACGAGCGAGCAGCUGCGGCAGAAGCUGUCCAAGAUCGUGCCGCGCAAAGAUCGUCCUAACGUCGCCGCGAAGGAAAGCGUGGACGAACACUCGUAUGAGGAGGUACGACUACCCCCGCCGAAGAUGUUUCAGGACGAGCCGCCGCCACCCGAGGCGUUUCGCGAUCCGCCAGCGCCGAUUGACAACCCACUCUACCACGUGUACGAGACGGUGAAGCAGACCAGGAGCCCGAAGCAGAACAAAACGGCGCCCUGCAGCCCGCAACGGAACCGGGAUCGGGAGAGCGUCUACGGCGUCAGAGAUAUCUGCCUGGACUGUUAUCAAGAGGGUAAAGAGCUGCUGCAGUCCACACAGGACGAUUUCAUCAACUUCAAAAAGUGCAAGGAGGAGUUCAAACGACAGAUGAGCUUCUCGGGCAAAAUUUACAGAGAGCGCGAGGAAGCACAAUUGCGUUUGCAUAAACGUGCCCAUUCCCUCGGAUACGGUGACUUCCUGAACUCUUCGUCGUCGGUUCAAUCAUUAAGAUCGAAUGUGCCUCUUAGUGAUUAUCCGACCCUGGCCUCGACUCUGCCGUACUUCCACAUCAGCGACGAGUAUCGGCUCUUCUCGCCGGAGGGUGCGCAUCUCAUCAUAUGCGUCCAUGGCCUGGACGGUAACGCUGCCGAUCUCCGUCUCGUCAAGACGUAUUUGGAAUUGGGUCUGCCCGGGUCGCAUUUGGAUUUUCUCAUGUCUGAGAGAAAUCAGGGCGACACCUUCUCCGAUUUUGAGACGAUGACCGACCGAUUGGUGGCCGAAAUUCUCUAUCACAUUGAAUCGUCGGGUCUGAAUCCGACGAAGGUGAGCUUCAUCGGGCAUUCUCUUGGGACCAUAAUCAUCCGUAGCGCUCUGACGCGGCCGCAGCUGCGCCCACUUCUGUCUCGUCUGCACACCUUCCUCAGCUUGAGCGGACCUCAUUUAGGCACUCUGUAUAACACGAGCGGUUUGGUGAACGCGGGCAUGUGGUUCAUGCAGAAAUGGAAGAAAUCCGGAUCAUUGCUGCAACUGGCCAUGAAGGAUUCGCCGGAUGUGAGACGUUCCUUCAUGUUUCGUUUGAGCCAGAAGAGUAAUCUGCAAAAGUUCAAACACGUUUUGCUAUGCGGCAGCGCUCAGGAUCGAUACGUACCUUUGCAUUCCGCUCGAAUCGAACUCUGCAAGGCUGCCGUUCGAGAUCCGACGGAUCAAGGUGCCGCGUAUCGUGAAAUGGUCCACAACAUCCUGUACCCCGUGAUGUCGGCGUCUGGGGUCAGCCUCGUUAGGUACGACGUACAUCACGCUUUACCGCCGACGGCGAACGCCCUGAUCGGACGCGCCGCGCAUAUCGCCGUCCUCGAUUCCGAGCUCUUUAUCGAAAAGUUUAUGCUGGUGGCCGGACUGAAGUACUUCAGAUAAGGAA